AUGUCGAUUUCAAUAUCACUAUCCUCAGUUCCCGCGCGUCUCACACUCCUCGCUCUCUUCUCCGCCACCACCUUCUAUUGUCUCUACAAAUCUCGUCGUUUAAGAUACCUCAAACUAUCCUUAAACCCUAACCCUAAACUGAAGAUCCUAUUUCUCUCAGAAACCGGAACCUCCAAAACCCUCGCUCACCGCCUCCACCGUCUCCUCGCCUCCAACGGCUUUGCAUUUGACGUCGUCGAUUCGAGGCACUACGAGCCCGAGGACCUCCCCAAGGAGACGCUCCUCCUCCUUGUCGCCUCCACGUGGCAGGACGGCGCUCCCCCCGUCGCCUCCAGCUUUUUCGCCACGUGGCUCGCCGAAGCUGCAUCUGACUUCCGCGCCGGGUCCCUCCUCCUCUCGAGCUGUCGUAUCGCCGUAUUUGGCGUCGGGAGCCGAGCCUAUGGCGAAUCCUUCAACGCCGUCGCGAAGGGCCUCGCUACGCACCUGAGGGCGCUCGGUGCCAAGGAGGUGGUUCCGCUUUGCGAAGGGGAUGUUGAUAGUGGUGACUUGGACAAGGUUUUUGAUCGAUGGUGUGAGAAGGUGGUGGCGGUUUUGAAAGGCGGUGGUAUUACGGAAUGCGAUGAUGAUGAUGAUGAUGGUGGUGCCGGGGAAUGUGGCGUCUAUUCGAGUUCCGAAGAGGAGUCUGAUGUGGAGAGUGAGCUUGUUGAUCUUGAGGACAUUGCUGGUAAAGCUCCUCCAAGGCGGAAGACGGUGGCUAAUGGGGAAGAAAGUAAUGGGAAAUUGAAUGGCAAAAGAGAAAUGGUGACUCCAGUGAUUCGAGCAAAUUUAACGAAGCAGGGUUAUAAAAUUAUUGGGUCGCAUAGUGGUGUCAAGAUUUGUAGAUGGACCAAGGCGCAGCUUCGUGGUCGAGGUGGUUGCUAUAAGCACUCGUUUUAUGGAAUCGAGAGUCACAGAUGCAUGGAGGCAACCCCUAGCUUGGCAUGCGCAAAUAAAUGUGUUUUCUGCUGGAGACAUCACACAAAUCCAGUAGGGAAAAGUUGGCAGUGGCAGAUGGAUGAUCCCAUAGAGAUUGUAAAUUCUGCAGUAGACCUCCAUACAAACAUGAUUAAACAAAUGAAAGGAGUUCCUGGUAAACUAACCUAUGCUGUAAUCAUUCUGAAGUAUAUGGCCAUUGGAGUCACCUUGGAGCGAUUAAAUGAAGGUCUCUCGCCUCGUCACUGUGCAUUAUCUCUUGUUGGUGAACCUAUUAUGUACCCAGAGAUAAAUGCACUUGUGGAUGAGCUGCACAAAAGGAGGAUUUCCACUUUUCUAGUUACAAAUGCACAAUUUCCAGAGAAAAUUAAAUCACUGAAACCUAUUACCCAGUUAUAUGUCAGUGUAGAUGCUGCAACAAAGGACACGUUGAAGGCAAUUGAUAGACCUCUCUUUGGUGAUUUUUGGGAGCGAUUCAUCGAUUCCUUGACUGCUUUAAGGGAAAAACAUCAGCGAACUGUAUACCGCCUUACCCUGGUGAAAGGUUGGAAUACUGAAGACGUUGAUGCUUAUUCUAAGCUCUUUAGCUUAGGAGAUCCUGACUUUGUUGAAAUCAAGGGAGUUACAUAUUGUGGCUCGUCCACUACAUCAAAAUUGACAAUGGAAAAUGUCCCUUGGCAUACUGAUGUGAAAGCUUUUUCAGAGGCCCUAGCUUUGAAAAGCGAAGGGCAGUAUGAAGUUGCAUGUGAGCAUGCUCACUCGUGCUGUGUACUGUUAGCAAAAACUAACAAGUUCAAAAUCGAUGGCCAGUGGCAUACAUGGAUAGACUAUGAAAAAUUUCAUGAUCUGGUGGCAUCUGGAAGAACUUUUGACAGCAUAGAUUACAUGACUGCCACACCAUCCUGGGCCAUCUAUGGAUCGGAGGAAGGUGGAUUUGAUCCAGGACAAUCGAGAUAUAGGAAAGAGAGACAUCACAAGUCGAGCCGCAAUCAAUUAGGUUAG